AUGCCGCCCAAGAAGAAGACGGUCGAAGAACAGCUGGCCGAGCUGGAGAUGGAGGCCGAGGCGCCCGCCGCUCCCCCGCCCAAGACGAAGGCGUCUACCAGGCCGCCACGACAGAAGCUAGCAGAGGACGUGGAUGCCCUGAAGGAGCUCGAGGAGCUUGAGGCUCUUGAGAAGUUCCAGGCUAGAGAAGCACCACGUCCAAUCAGCCGAUCCAACACCCCCAAGCUAUCGUCAUCGUCGACUGCAUCCAGCAACCGUCGCACAGCGGGUGGGGUGGCCACGCCUUCUUCUUCGACUGAGUCUGCACGCACGAGUGAAGAGAGGACUGCAGCCCCGCGGAAGUCUGGCGAGAGUACCCGUUCGUUUCGUCAGAGCUUCGCGCCCACAGAAGAGGAGCCUUCCAAAUCAGCCCCACCACCACCAAGGGAGGAGCAGCCCAAGCAGAGUGGAGGAGGGUCGUGGUGGGGGGGAGGAUGGGGUGGUCUCAUCUCUACUGCCACUGCCGCCGCAGAUGCAGCCAAGAAGCAAGCAGAGGCUGCCUAUCAGGAACUCCAAAAGAAUGAGGAAGCCCUACGCUGGGCAGAGCAAGUGCGCGGCAACGUGGGCACACUACGCGGAUAUGGGGGAGAACUGAGCAAGCGCGCCCUACCCACCUUUACCAACAUCCUCCACACCCUCGCACCCCCCAUCUCACAGCAUGAGCGCCUCCAGAUACACAUUACCCACGACCUCAUCGGCUACCCAUCCCUUGACCCGCUCAUCUACCAGACCUUUUCCGGCGUCAUGGCGCAAGUCGAAGGCGGUGAUCUCAUGGUCAUCCAGCGCGGUUCCGAAUCCACACAGCGCGCCUCGUUGGACGGCUACCGAGGUGGAGGGGGUGGUUGGAACGACGGUCCCUGGUGGCGACACACCGACAAGCGCGACCUCAGCAUCGUCAAGGGCCUCGCAGCCGGUACGAAACUCGCGCGUGUUAGUGCCGAGACGUAUGCUAGCGAGUUCUUUGCGGCGAGGGGAGGGAUAGAAGAGGCAGCCAAGCACGCAACGGAAGUUCUGAGCGAGACGAACCCAGUGCGAAGCAGUGAUAUCUUCAUUGCUAUUCAGGCCAUCAGCUAUCCCGCGCAAGACGACUUGUUUGCUCCGUCGUCGGCGGCGGAGAAGAAAAAGAAGAAGAGCAAAGCGCAAGCUGAUGAGGAGGAAGAAGACGACAGCGAUGAUGACGAUGAUGAUGAUGAUGACGAGGACGAAGAAGAAGAUGAGGACGAGGACGAGGAUGAUGAGGAAGUCGUAUUCGCUGUAUACCUCCACGACCCCAUUCACGGCAUCAGCUUGAAGACAAUCAGUCAAUCGUUCCCAAUAAAGUGGGUGGAGUGGCUAGACGCGCCCGCUAACACGGAAGCGGCAGGCGAGGAGCUGCAACUACCGCCAGAGAUCCAAGAGAUCAUCGAGAGCGGAGGAGUCGAUCCUCGCGAGUGGGUUUCGGAGUGGAUGGAGGAGACUAUCAGCCUCAGUGUUGGCAUCGUAGCACAGCGCUAUGUUGCACGGAGAAUGGGCGUAGGAGAGGAUGGUCUGGGAAGAGGCAGGGCACGUGAAGCAGCGCUGGAAGCUGGUGGUGGAGAGGCAGCACGUGCAGGUAUCAUUUGA